CCCCCGUGGGAAUCAAACCGACAACCCUGGCGUUGCAAGCGCCAUGCUCUACUAACUGAGCUACACGGGACUACAUACUCUCCAAAAUAGUGUACAUGUGUUCCAACCCUAUUGAGUAAUGUUGAUAGUAUUUAUGGGCAUAGAUAUUGCACUUCCAGGAAUAGUUUGUAGUUUCAUUAUUAUCGAUGUGUAUGAAUUUGAGUCUUAGAAAUGUCUGUUUAAUAUAUUAUUUAUUCAUGUUGUGUUAAUUUUGCUUAUUUAUUCAGCAUUUAUUUAUUGACCUAUUUAUUUAUUUUUACAAAAAAAAUGACACUGAAGACAUUUUUAAACAGCGACUGAGAGGAAUUGUUUAUCCUCUGCAUUGUUGAAAAAUAGGAAAUAUUUUAAAAUAUUAACUAUAAAUUGUUUUAUAUAUCUUAUUUAUUUGAAAUACUGGGAUCUUUUUUAAGUGCAAAUAUUUUGUAACCGACAAGUUUUGAUAAUUUUUUUAAGAGUUUGCUUUUGUUUAUAUUAUUUAUUUUAUUUCCAUAAAGUAUUUUGAGACACCUUGCAAUGAACUAGGAAAAAACGUAAUGAACGUAUUUAAUAUUUAUUUGAAAAUGAAGAACAAAGUGAAUGGAGAUGUUGAUGUAUAUUUAUUUUGUAUUGUCUAUGUCACGUGUUAGUGAUGAUGGCUGUGUAUGGAUUAGUCUUUGCCCAUAUGUUGAUUUUGAAAUAAAGGAAAACCUGUGCUAAGAUAACUAAGCAUCAUGGAAUAUUUCAUGAUUAAUUAUGAUUAUGGGUAAUUAUUGUGAAAGUGUAUGAAUAUUGUUUAUGGCUACAGAUAUUUUGUGGAUGUCCCUUCAGAACCCAGAAAUGGAAGUGGAUGUCAGCAAACUCCCUAUCGGUACCAGGAUGUAGAAGCUUGUCAUUAUAGUGUUUGAUGAGCCGAGUGAUUGGGUUCUUCGGAUCCAGCACUGCUGGGUGCACCGAGUCUGGUUCGAGAAUCUCAGCUCUCCGGAGCCUGCCCCCAACUCGAAUGAGAUCUGUAGACUUGUCCAAUUCAGGAGAGAGGUUUUGGAGGCGGCUUUUCAAAGGGACCACUUUACCACUUUACAGCAAAUGGAGGUCUUCUGGGAAGGGAGCCGACAACUCAGCCGGACUCUUUCCUCUGGUGAUGUCAUCUGCUGGGUUGUUCUGUGUGUCGACAUACCUCCAGUCCUGAGGUCCAGGAUUUCAGUUACAUGGUUGGCAACAAAGACCUUGUAUCAACAGGAUUCUAAGUGCAACCAAGUCAACACCGUAGUGGAGUCUGACCACAGAACUGUCCUAUCCACAGGUAAGGUGAUCUCGGUCUGUAACAGCUUGGCCAGCUGGGCACCUGUAAGGGCAGCGCACAGUUCAAGGUGGGGAACGGCGAGAGGACGUUUAGGAGCUACUCUUGAGCGAGCCAUGACAAAGGAGACGUGGACUUGUGCCUGCUGGGUUUCCAUCCUGAGGUAUGCCACUGACUCAUAAGCCUGCUCUGAAGCAUCACAGAACACAUGCAACUCUCUGGAAAGUGAAUCUGUGGGAUGUUCACUGGGGCUAUAGCAUCUGGGAAUCUGGAUCUUGACCAAGUCAAGGAGGAUGAGGAUGGAAAUGGCAAUUCUUAGAGGAGGGAAAUGUGUUGCCAUAUUUGGGGCGGCUGUGGUCGAAUUGCCCCUACCCUGACCGACUGUCUCCUCACCCUAUCACCAACCACCAUACCCUGUCCAACCCCCUCCAGUAGAAGCGGGACUUUAGCUCAUUCACCACCUUUAAAUACCCACACCUGUCACUAAUCAGUGUGGCACGGAAUAGUGCACCAUUGAAAGGAGUGAUUUCUGGGGUAGAGUUAAGUGUGGAGCAAUUUAAGUUGAACAUUCCUGGUGUUUGUGAUGCCCACCAUCUGGUGCGACGCAGACCCGGUGGGUAGCAUGGUGAAACAGAGGAGUCAUUGUCAGUCCUUUUGAGUCAGAGUCUCUACCAGACAAAGUCAUGUCAGGAUAUAUCAGUUAUCCUGUUAGAGCUUUUGUGCAGAAUCCACUGCGCCGUUUCAGGUGCAAGGUUUAUGGUCAUGUUGCAGCAGUGUGUAUGAGGGAGAUUCCAAUAUGUGUGAAGGAGGCCAUGGGACAGAGGAUUGUGAAGGUUCAGAGGAUACAUUUGUGUGUGUUUCAAUUGUAGGGGUGCUCAUGUUGCUGGGGAUCGGAAGUGUCUGGUGCGAGAGAGGCAGAUUGUAGUGGUCAAGGUAGUGCAGAGGGUGUCAUGCUGAGGCAGUGAAGAAAGUGGAGGAGGAUGGGUCAAGGUGAGGGAUGCUGAGAGGAUCCCAGUGAGUUGUAGAUUUGAGCCAGUAUUUGAGCCAGUACAGAGGGAUAGGGUAACGAGUGAGUUAUUCUUCAGUAAGGUUGGCUCCUUAGUGUUCAUAGUAAUGGUUAUCAACUGUACUGCAGAAAUGGAAAGUAAAUCACAGAAAACAGAUGUGGUGGCAGUUGCAGAUAAGUAUUUGGGUAUAUGAGAUUUAACUUCAGAAGAGUUACAGGGUGAGUUGAGGGGUGGUGUCCCGUCCUCCCAGGCUGUUGGCAUGGGCAGGAGCAGAUGGGGUCAAAGUAGUGGAAUGGCAUAGUGGGUUUUUAAUGGGUGUAGGUGGCAACUGCAGAGAAGUACCUGGUUGUAUGACAUUUUACUGGAGAAGAGUUAAUGGGGUGGUGAUUUAUAUUUUUAUGAAAUAUAGGUGUAGGGUUAGUUGGUGGUGCACUUUUUUUUUUUAGUUGGGAACAGGAAUAAUGAAGAUAAUUUUAAUGUAGGUAGGCCGUGACUGGACUCACUUAAGUACAGUAGGUGGCAGUGUAUGCACCUUUAAGUUGGAUGUGAUCCGCCAACCCAGUCUCAAAGAAGAAGAACCAGUGUGGCUACCUUACUAUUUCAGUUUGCUAAUGUUUUGUUACAAGACACCUUUUCUCUUGUAAUGUUGUGUAUUUUGGAUGCGUUUAUAACCAAAUGGGAGGAGCCGUGAGUGCAGGGGAGGACAACGACGAGUUGAUUGACAACCUGAAGGAGGCCCAGUACAUCCGUUCGGACCUGGUGGAGCAGGCCUUCAGGGCAAUCGACCGGGCCGACUACUAUCUGGAAGAGUUCCGGGACAACGCCUACAAGGACCUGGCCUGGAGGCACGGCAACAUCCACCUCUCAGCCCCCUGCAUCUACUCAGAGGUGAUGGAGGCCCUGGACCUCCAGCCUGGCCUUUCCUUCCUCAACCUGGGCAGUGGCACGGGCUACCUCAGCACCAUGGUGGGACUCAUACUGGGUCCAUUUGGAGUGAACCAUGGGGUGGAGCUGCACCAAGAUGUCAUUGAGUAUGCAUACCAGAAACUGGAGUUCUUCAUCAAGACCAGCGACAGCUUCGACAGGUUUGAGUUCUGCGAGCCCUGUUUCGUGAUAGGGAACUGUCUGGAGAUAGCCCCAGAGAGUGGUCAGUAUGACAGGGUGUAUUGUGGAGCUGGGGUGCAGCUGGAGCAGGAAGACUACAUGAAGAACCUGCUCAAAGUGGGAGGAAUCCUAGUGCUGCCAUUGGAGGAAAAGUUGACCAAGAUCACUCGAACAGGCUACAACAGCUGGGAGACCAAAAAGAUAAUUGCUGUUUCAUUUGCCCCACUGGUGUUGCCCAAACACCGAGACAACAGUAAACCUAAAGCAGUGCCUUUACCGGCCAUGUUUGAGGUGCGGACUCUGCAGGACUUGGCUCGCAUCUCUAUCCGCCUGACGUUGAAGAAGACAGUGGCGGGGCCAGGGCCAUUGCCCAGGAGGAGGCUGGCCCACAGCGGGGAGCGGUUCCGACGAAGGCGGGCCCAACACCGUGGCUCCACCCUGCUCUCCAACCGCUACGUAUUCAUGAGCCGCCUCAUCCCCGGACCGACGGACAACAACAACAACCGCUCUGGCACCGACACCGAAGAGGAGGAGGAAGAAGAGGGGAACUGCAGGGUUCUAGGAGAUCCUGAGGAAGAGGAGCAGGAGGAAGAGGCGCAGGAGAGGAGGGAGGGCGGUGCCCUUCUACAUGAGGCUCCAGUGAACCUGCUAAGAGAGAGGAUCCUGGGCCUGCCGCUCCCUGAGCCUCUGAAGAUGUACCUCCUUCACUACAGAGAGAAGUAGGGAGGGACAGGAGAUGAGAAGCUGUGCUCCCAUUCUCUAACUAGUUCCCAUCCCUAUGCCCUUGUUGACUCCCCUUUCUGGAUACAAAAGUAAUGGAUGUGUAAGAAAUAGGCUGAUAACUCCACCGGAAUGGCUAAAAUGAGUUCCCACUAUUUUUCUUACAGUCUACCUAAUAAGUUGCAAGUCAACAACUGGUGAAUUUGAAAUCGACCCCUAAAAACGUCAUGUUGAAGUGAAUAACUAGAAGAAUUGGAUAAGUAAAAGCAAUAUUGUAAUAGCACUAUCUCCCCCUCCCGAUAGCCCAGGUACGCCUAUCCAGAGGUGCCUAGGGGGUAAAGGUUGAGUUGGGAAAAACAAGGAUGCCGAGUUAGGGAUUGGGAGCUUACUUAGUUAGCCCUAGCCCCAGAGCCGUCACCACCACCAGCCCCCUAGGACUAUUCCCAACACCUCUGAACACUGAAUUCUCAUCUCACCAUCUUUUGGGAUAUCUUCUGUUUUGUGCCUGACAGUGGCACCCAGUCUCCAAGUCCUUCUUUAUUCCCUUUGAAUUUUGUAAAUGUGAUUUUUUGGAAAAUGAUGCUUUUGACUGUGACCGAACAAUUCACUGGAGCUUUUGAGAUGGACUUACAAAGACUGAAAGCCCCAAAUGUUGUGGAAAUAUUUGCUCAUUCUGUGUUCAUAUCUGUAAUGUCUUCUCAUAUCCUACUGCAUUGAAUGUACUUGGUGAAAGCAGGGGUGACAUAACAGAAAUUGCCUCUUUAACAAAAUCACUUAAGGUAAAUGUUGAGGGCUCCAGGUAUGAAAAAAGUAUAGUAACACAUUUUUACAUAUCUGUAAAUACUUACACACACGGUAGGUACAGAAAGGAAAGGACCACAUUGUCAAACAGCAUUACCUGAAUUCACUCCUUUUGUGAAUUCUUUCAUCAAAUCUUUUCAAAUAAUAGGAGACUGCAAAAGCCUCGGCACUGUAAAACACCCCUGGAUUAGGGGUAGAAAGUGAAUGUGUGGGAUAGCAAUGUACCAUUGGGUUCUCAAUACAGAACUGUAAUCAAAGUAGUAAAGAAUUUAUGUGUAUCCACCUGUGAAGGAAUUUAAGCACCAAUUGGUCUACAUUGGAACUUCAGUGUGAUGGACUGUGUUAUGCUCUUUGAUGCUGUUUUGCGUUUUGUCUGUUUUCAGUGCCAAACUUCUCCAGCACUGGCCGGCUCCAAAUGUUUCUUGCGGUUCAGUUCUACAAUGUGUCAAGUUGUUCAGCGGAAGUAAAAAUGAUGUGUAUUUAGAAUAAAUAUCUGUGUGACAAAAUACGUUUGGAAAAGGACUGUAGCGUGACUGCUAUCAUUAAAAUAAGUUGAACUAUA